AUGGCCACUGCUUUCUACACGGCUGCCUUCAGCUGCAGUGCUCCCACAGCAGUACAGAAGGUGAACUCCUUAGACAAAGGGCUCUGGGAGAAAGUGAUAGCCACCCUGGAGAUGUGGUGUGAAGGCAAGAUCCAGAUUCCCAAGAUCCAGAGCAAGAACUUGGCUGUUGUCUCCCUCAGUGUGGGAAUAGCUGCUGUCUUUCUCUCCACCCUAAGUCCCGACAAUGUUGUAUCCUCAGUUUAUAAACUGGAGACCCUGCUCAAGCGAGGAUGCUCAGAGGAGGUGGUGAGUAAAUGCGAUACCCUGCUCGAGGCUAACCCAAAGCAUUCAAUGGAACUGCUGCUGCUGAGGGCGUUGGCAUGGGUGCUGUCAGGGACACAAGUUAACAAAGGAGUUGCGGACUAUAUCCAAGCCUUUGUGACGCAUCGGGCUGAGGCAGUGGCCUAUGUGUAUACAAGGCAAAGGGAACAUCUGCCACAGGUCAUCCAGGCCUUCUCUAAUUACCUCUCAACAUAUCAGAAAGAAAGCCCAGACUGCAGUUCCUUGGACCAGUGGCUGGACAACUGCUAUGACUUCCUGUCUGCAGUGGCACCAGACGAUGUCUGGGUUUGUAGGGCGCAGGCAGCUUACCUCCUUAAGAAAAGCAAGUUUGAGGAGUGUGUGGCAGUUUGUAGCAAGGCCCUCAAGGCCUUCUCAGGUGAUAAUAAUAUCAGAGACGAGAAGGCUUUGGGUCUGCUUGUGGAACGGGCUGCUGCGUAUUUCUUCUUGGGUGGACGGAUGCAGGAAAUGAUGCAGGAUUUAGCAGAAGCCUUUGCAGCAACCCCUGCCCAGGCAAUGAAACACUUUGAAGAGCUUUUCUCACCACAUGACACUGAGAGGAUAGAAGAACAGGCUAGAACUGUCCUGGAGGUGAAGUUUGCAGCAUACAGGGAGGCUGUGCGCACUCGAACUGAACUCCGAGGCAAUCAUGGUACUGAACUGCUCCCUUCUGUCAUCCAGACAGUCCAGUUCCUCCUUCAGAUCUCCCCAGCAUCCAAACGUGAGCUCAGUGUUCGGCUGGCAGACUGCCAUCUCCUGCAUGGACACACCAGAACUGCCCUGGAUAUCUGUGACCACCUCUUGGCAGCAGAGCAGAAAACUUACUGGAAUACUCUCUUAGCAUUGCGAGGAUUCUGCUUCCUCCAUGCUCAUGACCAUCAGCAAGCCCUGCAGGACUUUCAAAAGGUCGUUGAGCAUGAUUCCCCUCAUCCUAACAGCUGUAUUAAAGCCUUAUGUGGGCGGGGACUUAUUCGGAUUUCUGGUGGCAGCCAUUACUUGACAGCCCUGGAUUAUAUUACAGCUUGCCAGUUAAAGCUGGAAGAAACCAUCUUCACAAUCAAGUCCUACGUGCCAUGGAACCAAAGAGGACUGCUGCUAAAAGUUCUCCAAGAAGAAGGACAGACAAUGCUCCAGAAGAAGAGAGAUGCUCCCGGGGUUUACCAGCUGGCUUCUCUCUUGGUGGAGCUGGACAGUUCUGAUGAAGCAUCACAGAUCCUUUGUGCUGAUGCCCUGUACCAGAUGGGCUGUGUAGAAGAGGCUCACAAGCUCCUCUUACUGGCACUCUCCAGAAAUCCGCAAAGUUCUCCCAUCCUGGCUAGACUUGCGCUUCUGCAAUUGAAGAAGGGUUUCAUGUAUGAUGGCAACCAGCUGCUAAAGAAAGUGAUCAGAAUUGGAGAUACCUCCUGCCUCCUGCCAAUCAUGGACAUUUUCAAAGAUGAAGACAGGAAGCUGAUGCAAACUCACUGCCAUUUCAGAGCACUCACCAUCUUGAAGAACAAACAGGAGGAUGCUGACAUCAAAGAGGCCAUUGCCUACCUUUCCUUUGCCAUCAUUGCUUCAGGUGGUUAUGCUGAAGAUUGCCUUCUCAUCAGGGCUCAGUGUUAUGGGUGCCUUGGUCAAAAGAAAACUGCUAUUUUUGAUUUUAAUGCCAUCCUAAAGGAGGACCCUAGGAAUGUACAUGCUCUGAGCGGACGAGGACUCAUUUACCUUGCUCUGAAGCAGCAGAAGGAGGCAGUGCAAGAUUUGAUCUCAGCACUGAAGGUGGAGGCAGGAGUAGUGAUCCCAGCAAUCCUGUCUUUAAAGCGUGAAGCCCAAGGGUUGGUCACUCAAUGGCUUCUUCAGGAUGGCAAGACUGCUUUAACUGAGCUUGUUGCUACUAAAGACCUCUCAAAAGAAGAAACCCUCAGGGAUCUUCUCGUUAUUGCAAAAGCACUUCUUAAAAUUCGCAAGGAUUCACGAUAUCACAUCUUCUACACAGAUGUUUUGAUUGCAAAUGGAAAGCAUGAAGAGGCCCUCGAUCACCUUCAGGAGGCAUUUGGCCACUCUCUUGAUGACUUUGCUAGUGCAAGACUAGCUGUGCUGCAGCUGAAGAAGAGGAACAUGCCAGUGGCAGCUCACUUAUUCAGCAUCCUGGCUAAGAGAGAUGAAAGAGAGCUGGCGUUUCUCCUGAACUUCAUAGAUGCUAAGCAACAGCAGCAUCUCUCUCAGGUAGCAGCCCAAGAAGGAAAUGUGCUGAUUAAAGAACAUUGCUAUGAGAAGGCUCUUGGUUAUUACACCCUGGCUAUCUUGGCAAGCAAAGAUAAUCCAAGGUAUCUCCGACGGAGAGCUGCUUGCCUUAUGCACCUGAAAAAAUAUGACAAAGCUUUAAAAGAUAUGGAGAAAGUGAUCCAGAAGCAUGGCCAUAACAGCCUUAAAACACGCGUUGAGGACCACUGCUCAACAGGGCACCUGCUGUUGUCAACGGCCAAGGAAGAAGCAGCAGUAAAGCAGUACAUUGAGGCACUGCAGUUAGAUGAGUCUGUGGCAUUACGCAGCAUCAUGAAUGGCCCUGGCACUGAAAUUUUAACUAAAGCAUUUCUUAAGAUUGCACAAUAUAAUUUUGAAAUGCAGCAUUAUGAAGAGGCAUGGAAAAUCACAGACUAUGGUCUUAAAAUUGAUAAAAAUACUGAACUUAAAAAGCUGAAAACCAGACUUAAGCGAGAGGCAUCAAGCUGUAGUAUACAUUAA